UACAGGAGCCACCGCGAUAGAGUUGCUUCUGCAUCGCGAAGAACUUUAGAUAACAUUGAUAAGUGUGGCGAAGUAACGAGCAAGUCCUGAAAUCUUUUACGUGAUUUCGUAGCACCUGAUAUUCCCGUAAAAUGAAUGGGAAAUUUCACGAAACCACCAUUUUCUGGGAUAAUUUAACAGUGGCUGUGCCUCGGAAACGCGAAUUAUUACGAACAAUCUAUCGAAAAUUAACAAGAAGACCAUUUGAAGAAUCAUUAAUGAUAUUAAAAGGAGUAUCUGGUUGUGCAGUAACAGGAAACCUGAUUGCAAUAAUGGGACCCAGUGGUGCUGGUAAGACAACUUUCCUAGCCACCCUCUCCGGAAGGGUGGUACCGACCCUAGGUACGGUAAAAAUAAAUGAUCAGAUUCUUCCACGAGAAAUUAUAUCUAAAAUAUCCAGUUAUUUGCCUCAAUUUGAUGUGUUACCAACUUCCCUCACCAUUGAGGAACACUUACGAUUCACGAACGCUUUAAAAACGGACCACAACUCGAGGCAAAGAAAAUUUCAAAUAACAAAACUGCUGUUCGAUCUGGGUCUAAUUGAUUGUAAGGACACCUUGAUAGGGAAAUUAUCUGGUGGUCAAAGGAAACGAGUUUCCUUGGCCAGUGAAUUAAUUACUAAACCUAAGAUACUUUUCCUUGAUGAACCGACAACUGGACUGGACACAUUCUCAGCGAUGCAAGUGGUACAGACAUUGAGAAGGAUAAGUCUUGAAACGAUCGUUUUUUGCACGAUACAUCAGCCUUGUAUGGACGUGUACAAUCUUUUCACUGGUGUCUUGCUGAUGUCCGAAGGGAGGACAGCUUAUCAUGGAAGUAUCGAUGAUGCUACGAAAUUUUUCUCCAGCCUAGGUUACGAGUGUCCAGUUGGUUUCGACGAGUCCGAGUAUUACAUAAAAUUGAUAUCACCUAAAUAUCCAGGAUCAUCAUUAAUCAAUUUUGAUGAUGAUGAUGAACCUGCACCUAAUGAGUGCAUCGAUAAAAUCUGUCGAGCAUUUUUGCAAUCCUCAUUAGCAAUAAUUCCCGAAAUUACAAAUACAAGCCAUCUUGAAAUAGAACCCCAAAGGAAAGCUGGGUGCAUAGUGCAAUUCUUUUGGCUGACCUGGAGGAUAUGGGUUCAAAACCGAAGAACAAUUUUCGUAGACUGGAUUUCAUGGAUAUGUUAUUUCCUUUCGAUGACGAUGGUGGUGACUUUUUACACGGGAAUUAAUCCACGCACUCAAGAGGGUGUGCAGAACGCAAGGGGUGCACUGUACAUGAUGAGCUCUGAAAUUUCCUUCACUGUAGCUUAUUCCGUGAUCUACGAACUUCCUGGACAGCUUUUAAUUUUUCAACGUGAAAAUAGCGUUUACGAUACUGGCCCUUAUUAUUGUGCCACUUUCCUUGGACUGAUACCAAAAGCAACACUAAAAGCACUAAUUUUCACAACAGUGCUGUAUCUCAUACUAAUCACUCAAGUAGAUUUCGUGAAUUUUUUAUUUUAUUGCCUGGCUACAUCAACUGCUGCGAUUUGUGGCACGGCGUAUGGUUUAGUAUUUUCCAGCUGGAUGGAUGACGUCGACGUGGUCACGUCCAUCAUGGUACCCAUCGAUAUGAUAUUCCUGUUAACCGCUGGAAUGUUUUAUAAUCUCAGGUCACUGCCCACGUACCUGACGUGUUUCAAAUAUUUUUCGAUGUUCUUUUACCUGAACGAAGCUCUCUCUAUAAUUUAUUGGUCGCGUGUAGACUACAUCGAUUGUCAAACACCCAGUGACUUGCCCUGUUUACGAAAUGGAACGGAAGUGAUGUUUGAAUACGGUUUUGGAAAUUCCAAUUUCUACUGGGACUUAAUUGGUCUCAUAAUUUUAACAGUUUCAAUGAAUUUGGUUGGAUAUUUUGGUUUACGAAGGAGAAGAAAACUUGGAGCAAUAUAUUGAGCAAAAUAAUAAUUUGUAAUUAAUUUAUUCUAGUUGAUAACAAAAUAACUUAUAGAUACUGUACAAUUAUUAAAUAGUUAUCAAAAUCAAUAAACAGUGAAAAUCGAUGAAUUAAAUUGAGAUGAAAUUAGUA